CAAUACAACGCAAUGGUACCAGAAGAGUUUAAAUUAGUUGUUGUUGGUGGUGGUGGUGUUGGUAAGUCUGCAUUGACCAUUCAAUUUAUUCAAUCCCAUUUUGUUGAUGAAUACGAUCCAACUAUUGAAGAUUCAUACCGUAAACAAUGUAUGAUUGAUAAAGAACAGGUUUUGUUGGAUGUCUUGGAUACCGCCGGACAAGAAGAAUAUAGUGCUAUGAGAGAACAAUAUAUGAGAACUGGAGAAGGAUUUCUCUUAGUUUACUCAAUUAAUUCGAGAAAUUCCUUAGAAGAAUUGCAAUCUUUUUUCGAACAAAUUCAAAGAGUUAAAGAUUCGGAAAAUGUUCCAGUGUUAGUUGUUGGUAAUAAGUGUGAUUUGGAAAUCGAGAGACAAGUUAGUUACGAAGAAGGUUUGGCCUUGGCCAAGUCUUUCAAUGCUCCAUUUUUGGAAACCUCUGCUAAACAACGAAUUAACGUUGAAGAAGCUUUCCAUGGUUUGGUUAGAUCCAUCAGACAUCAAAAUAAGUUAUUACAAGAAGAAGAAUCCAAAUUAAAACAAGAACAAGAACAAAUUGCAUCAUCAAAUCAACAGUCUCAACAAAAAUCGUCAGUUGUAAAUCAACCUCAACCGGUUAAUGAUAAUACAAUAAAUAAUCAAGCUAUUCCUUCUUCUAAUCAAGACGCCGUUGCUGCUGGUAACAAUGGUGACUCUCCAAAUAAACAAACCAAUGAUUCUUUAAUUGAUGAUAAAGCUUCUGCUGCUAAUAAUCAAUCUAAAUCUUCAAAUAGAAAGAACCAACCAAAUGCUAAACAAGGUAAAGAAAAAUCCGGCUGCUGUAUCAUCGUUUAAUCGUUUACUUCUAUUUAUUAAUAUUGAUCUAUUGAAAAGUUUUGUUUCCAAAAAAAAAUUUUUUUCCCAUCUACUUGAUUUACCAUCUACUUGAUUUACCAU